GCAGUUGCAAGCCAAGCUGCAACAAGAACUUGAGGAGCACUUGAGAAAGGUUUGCGCGCCUGGGUCCCUGCAAUCGGGUGGCAGUGAGGCAAUGGCUGAAGCAAAGCGGGUGAUGAAACGUAUGGAGGAUGCCUGCGAGCCAAGCUGCAGUGAGGAGUGCCAAAGUGCACGCCUGGAGCUCAACAGCGUGGAGAAGCGCUUUGAAGAGCAGCUUUUGAGGCAGAAGAAGCAGGCAGAGAAGUUGAAGCACUCCCAUACGAGUGGAGACCCCGACUGUUUGGAAGGUGCUUUGCAGGAAGCGCAAGACCAUGGGUUGGAGGAGGAGCACUUGCUGCCUGCGCAGGCACGUUUACGAGAACUUCGGACAGCUGAACGACAGGUGCAGAAGGCCAUCGAGACUGCUGACAGGGUGCACCUGACUGCAGCGGUGGAAGAAGCUGGGCGUCAAGGUCUCAAGACAGCCCUGGUGGACGAGGCCUUGCAGAAGCUGCAAAGCUCCAAAACUGGAAAUCUCAUUGCAGCCAUCCGAGAGCGCGACUACCACGGCUUGAAAAACGCCAUCGCUGAGGCCGAGAGCCGUAAGCCUCAUGAGGUGGCAGAGGUGGCCGACGUGCUCUCUCAGGCCAAGGAUGUGCAUGAGACACUGGACACCGUGGCCAAAGAUGUCUCAGCUGCUUUGCGAACGAUGAAGUUUGAAGAUUUGCAGCGCAGCGUGAAAGAGGCCGCCCAGCACAAGAUUGUCACUGAAGAUGUGAAGAAAGCUGAAGGUGUGGUAGCGACAAUGAAUGAAGCUCUUGAAAAGCUGCAAGCGAACCGCUCCACAGAUUUAGCGGCUUUGCAGGAGAGCCUCCACGCUGCUCGGCAAUUGGGACUUCAAGAUCACGAAGUCUACAGCAAAUCUGCUGAGCUUUUCAGCUCAAGCUGUAUGCCUGACUUCCAGUGGGCGCUUGAGGAGCAACGGGAGAUGUGGUUGGUGCUCUGCUUGCGUCGGCCCAUGCCAUCAGGCGGUGCUGCUCCUUCCCAUCCCUUUGCGGUUUGCGCGGCGGAGCUUUGCCACGCGGCUCAGAUCAGCCCUGAGGCUGAACCAUAUGCAG